AGCAAUUUUGGCUCAAGCCGUGCGCUCGGCCGCGCUUUCUUUUAACCCUUCGCUGCUCCCGCUCUCCCCUUCCCAACCGCUCGGCUCCUUGGACUGCCGACGCCGCCGCUGCGCCAAUGAGCGACACAGCUCCGCUCCCCACAGACGGCGGAUCGCCGCCAGAGCGGCUAAGAGCUUUGCUGGCGGCCGACGGCUGCGUGACCGUCCCCGGCGUGGGCGACCCGCUGUCGGCCCGCAUCGCGCACGUGGAACUGGGGUUCCCGGUCCUCUUCGUCAGCGGCUUCUACGCGACGGCCUCUCUCCUGGGCCUGCCGGACGCCGACAUGCUCGGGUUCGCGGAGAUGGCGGCGCACGUGGCGCGCAUCCGCUUGGCCGUACCCAAUGCCCUACUCAUCGUCGACGGGGACACGGGCUACGGAGGCCCCGUGCAGGUGAAGAGGACGAUCAAGGGCUUCGCGAACUCCGGGGCGGCGUGCGUGAUGAUCGAGGACCAGGUCGCCCCGAAGCAGUGCGGCCACACGGAGGGCAAGCAGGUGGUGCCCUUCGGGGAUGCCUGCGCGCGGGUGCAGGCGGCGGUGGACGCCAGGAGCGAGAUGGGCGCUCGUGGGCCCCUCGUACUCGCCCGCACCGACGCCCGCAUCAUGGGCCAAGCCGAGGCCAUCAAGAGAGGGAAGGCGUUCAAGGAGAUGGGCGCGGACGUGGUCUUCCUGGAGGCCCCGCUCUCGGAAGACGACAUGCGCGCAGACAGCGAGGCGCUGCCUGGGGUCCACAAGAUGGUCAACCUGGUAGAGUGGUCAAAGACCCCCCAGCUCCGCAAGGAGAAAGUUGCCGAGAUGGGGUAUAAGAUAUCGCGUAAGUAGCUGUCUACCCCUUGUUGAUGCUCAAUGCGUCCAUUGGUGCCAUGUACCAGUGGUGUAGGCGCCUGCGCGACGGGGAGGGGGACAACGACCAACAGGUCGCGCCUGUGGCCCCCGAGGAAUGCACCAGCACGCCGGCGCUCAUGGCCAACAAGGAUGUGCAUCGCUUGGUCGGUUUCCCAGACUACCACCGUGAGUGCAAGCGAUACGCUGACGUUCAUGCCCGCGUGGUUGCGGGCGAAUGCGCCGAUGCCGACGCAGCACCGUCCAAACGGGUCAGAACGUAGACUGGGUUUUCAGGCGAUGCUUUGAAUUGCAAUGUGUUCAUUCUGCCCGUGCCGCGCGGGGUCUUGCGUUUGUCCAGGCCGGACUCGGCCACGGACCAGCAGCGCUUGCCGACCAGAGCUCUAGAGUUACGGUUCUGCAUCGCACGUACGAGGCACAUUCAUAGAAGCCCGUGCCGUACGAAGAGGGAGCCUCGAGCAGCGUCAUCCUCAUUUUCUUUUUCUUCUUCACAUUCAUCAUACCUGGAAG